AGUAAGUGCAUGCUCUGACGUAAUUUCCGGUCAAAAGAAUUUUUUGACAGCUGAUAAACACAACAGGAAAUGCCGUAUUCUUACCAGCAACUUGUGUCUUUUGCACUUUUCUUAGGUUGUUUGAUUUCAGAUGUUGUUGCUGAAAUAUGUGAUGAUGGCUCUAGAUGUACUGGUGGGAAACACUGCUGUAGUAUAGGUUGUUGCUAUGGUGAUGAUGAUGAUGAUGAUAGAAGAUACACAUAUGGCUACAGGUUGUCUAUCUGGAACAUGUGGUAUUUCUGGUUUGUAAUCCUGUUUCUCAUGAUGUCCUGUUUUGGAGGAUGUGGGUAUUAUAAGCACAGACAGCGACUUGUUACCGGCCAGCCAGUCAGAGGACAUAGGAACUUCCUGUCUAUCCUGACUGAACCUUAUAAUGGGGGAACAGCCAGAGUUUUGACAGUAGAAAAUGGUGGAUAUCCAGAAAAUCGUGGAUAUGUUUUAAGCAGGGGCCCAGACCCAAAUCUUGCAGCAUCAAUGGCUCCUCCCCCAUAUACUGAGGUGAUGAACAAUCCAGGUUUAUUUCCACCCAAUACCAAGUUGGGAGUUCCAGGUGAUGAAGGUGGACAUACACAUACAGGUAGCAUCCUUCAUAAUACUGAACCAACCAGUCAGAUGCCUCAGCCACCACCUUAUACAGAAGUAGUCAAUCAAAAUGAGGCAGAAACACAUUCAGCCAGUCAAAAUGUCCAGAACCAAAGCCAAACAUCCAAUCAAGUUCGAGAAAAUACUGCAACUCUCCAAUGAGAUUUCUUCAUGUUCAUAUUUUUCUUCUUUCUUAACAUUUUCUAUGCAUUUGAUGAAAGUUACAUAAAAAUCCUAUUUGCAUAGUUUUCCCUACAAGAUAGUAGCUCGUAUUGCUUGAACACCUUUUAAAGCUUAAAUUCCAUUUGACAAAACAGCUAUUGAGACAUUAUAUGCUGUAUUGGAGUGUUUAUUUUUGUGUGCAUGUAAACUUAAGGUUGAUUUUUUUUGCAUCCUUACACAAGUAACAACAUAAAUGAUUUAGUUAAGAUUUAUUUCAGUUUUUUGUCACAUAUGCUUAAUCUUAGAUUGACCAUAUCUGUUAUAGAUUGACAGGAUCUUAAACAAUUUUUUUUCUACAUAUGUGGAGCCUGGAGGGAGAAAAGCUGAAACAUACCGGUAUAUAUUUUUAAAGUUUGGACUUGUAAAUUGGCUUUCUUGUUUAAAAGGGUAAGCAAAUGAAGGUCUUAUAUGAUAUUGAACUGUCAGUAUUAGAGAAAUCCAAUGCCAAUCUUUCAUUAAAGUAUUUCAUUUUUAGGUAUUUUCUUCAAAUAUAGAAUAUCCUCACUAAAUGAGCCGUGUCAUGGGAAAACCAACAUAGUGGCAUUGAAAGCCUAUUGCCAUUAGAGAAACCAUUAGCGAAAAGCAUGGAUCCUGACCAGACUGCGCGGAUGCGCAGGCUGGUCUUGAUCCAUGCUGGUCGCAAAGCCACUAUGUUGGUUUUCUCAUGGCGCGGCUCAAAUGUAUUUAACUACUAUAUGAAAUAAUUGUGUAUGUAGAGGUGCACUUUAAACCUAAUGUAUAGCACUUUUAAUACACAUACUUUUUAAUUAUUUUCAUAAACUAUAUAUUAUUGUAAUUUUUUCAAAAUUUUCAAAUUGGAAAUAUGUGAUUGAUGUACCUUUUAAGGCUAAGAAAUUAUGUAGGACUUUUACAAGUUAAGAAUGAAGAUCUGUUAGUUGAUUUUGUAUUUGUUAUCUUAGAUCUGUUGUAAUUGUCUGUUUGAGAUAGUGUGUGGAUGGAAGUUCAUUCCAGAUGUAUCAAAAUCAGUUUGAUAUUAUUCCUUUUUACUUUGCUCAUGUUUGUAGAACCAAAAUGUUUAACUUAGUAAUUACACCAGAAUUUUACAACUGGCUGCAAAUCUUACAUUUUUUAUAUUCAUGCAAUUGGAACACAUUCAAUAGCUUUGUUUUUUUGUUGUUUUUUUUUCUUGUUGUUAUUCAAUCACUUUUCAUUUUUGGUAAUGUUUGAUUAUAGGCUAUUAACUUACUAAGGAAAAGAAUGUAGAGAGCAUAUAGAUGAAACAGAACUUAAACCUGUUUUGCUUUAACCCCUUGAUAUAUUAAAAAACAAAUGGGGAUAAAUCUUGUGCCCUGGGCCUGUAUUCAUCAACAUUUUAAGUGUGAAACUUAACCCUUACCCUGCUCAAUUUCUAUAAUGAACUUGUCCAUCUUUCAAUUUGCACAGUACCAUUAACUGUUAAAAGGGGUGCUUAUCAAAAAGAAACAGACUGAAUAGCGAACACUGCAGAUGUUGAACAGACUGCACGGAUGUGCAGGCUGAUCAUGAUCUACACUGGUCCCAAAGGCAGAGUCAGUCGUGUCCAGUAUGAUAAGGGUUAAGACUUAAGAAUGGCAAAUCUUCAAGUUGUCAUAACUUUGUUUAUAGCAGGCAUACACCAAUAAAAUUUUGCAGAUAUGUCUGUAGCUACAGAAUAAAUACUCGUGCAAAGUUUAAUUACUCUCUUUUUCUAUUUCAACAAUUCAGGGCAACAACAAAAUUCAGCAUUUUAAAGUUUCAGACCAUGAAUGUGGACCCAUUUAUAGAUAAAAUCACUUAAGAAUCCAUUUGUUACCUGAUUUUUAAAAAUGGAAGGAAAAUACAUGUACUUUGUUUUUUUUUUAUAAGCAACUGCAGACGAUAAAAGGAUUUAUUUUAAUGUUUGUUUUCAUGGUGUAGUGAAAUUGAUGUUGUAACGAAUUGUGUUUAGUCACAGAUGUUGUUAAAAAUAUAGUGAAUAUUUACACAUUUUAUGUAUAGUAAACUUACUUCAAUUUGUUGGACUGUAAUGUGGGUUUGGCAAAAACCAUUAUUGAUUAACGACAUGAAGUUGUGAAUAUCAGAUUUUAUAAAGAUGAAAAUAUAUGGUUUUUUUUAUAGACAUUAUAUUUUCUAGAAUUAACAGCAAGAGAAUCCAUGAAGUUAGUCCCACAGAUUUUCCUUUUUUCUUUGUUCCUACAGUGUAAGGCAGUUAUUAUGUUUUUAAAACCGUUCUGAAAAAAGAUUGACUGAAUAAGUUUGCAGAUGAAGUUGUAAAAACACAUUAAUUCAGGAGUGAGCUAAAGUGCUACUAGCCAUCUUGUAGAACAGCUGUAUUAAAGAGUGUAAUGAGAACGACUUGCAAGAAGUUCAUGUAGGAGAAAAAAAGUAGGUCACUGGGUUGUGGUGGGUCUUUAAGCCGAAUCAACCAAAGUCUAGUACUGUUUGAUUAUGUAAGUCUGAUAUCAGUCAGUGUGAAGAAGAUAUUCUCACAGAACUGACAUCUGUUAGUUUAUAGAAGGCACUUCCUAAAAUGAAAUACAACUAUGUUAUUUUAUUUCUAAUCUUUUACACACUGUAGAUAUAUAUAUUUUUUUUUUUUGAAAAUGGACAUAGCUAGUGUAUCAGUAUUUAUUUUCCCAUGAUGAUAGCUGUUUAAAUCAUGAACGGCUCAGAAGUGGGUUUUUAACAGCCAUAUACUAUUCUCGAGAGAACUUGUAGGUAUAAAACAGAUGUAGGAAGAUAAAAUGCAGGGAUAUUAUCCAACUGAAAAGUAGUUUUUUUCUAACUUUUGGCAAAAUAUAGGUCACUUCAUAUGUAUCCUAGAAGUAGGGCAAUUUAUGUUUAACCAGAUAGCUGAAUGAUGAAUAGAUUUUUGAAAUGUAAUUAAUUGAUUUUUUUGUAUUCAUGUGAUAGGGCAUUUAAUACACUAACCUGUUUUGUAAAGCAGUGUUAUAUGUUUAGUUUUACUCAAUUAACAUAGUUAUGUAUUUUUAAUAUAAAUUCAGUUUUCUAUAGUUAAGUUUUUUAGCUCGACUAUUCGAAGAAUAGUCUAGCUAUUCUACUCACCCUGGCGUCGGCGUCGGCGUCGGCGUCGGCGUCGGCGUUACACCUUGGUUAAGUUUUUGCAUGCAAGUACAUACAGCUAUCAUUUAAAGGCAUAUAGCUUUGAAACUUAUUUAUUCUUUUUCUAGGUCAAUUACCAACCUCACUGGGUCAAGUUCCAUAACUCUAACAUGUAUUUUGAGCAAAUUAUGCCCCCUUUUGGACUUAGAAAAUUCUGGUUAAAGUUUUACAUGCAAGUUACUAUCUCCAAAACUAAUGCAGAUAUUGAAUUGAAACUUCACAUGUGUCUUCGGGGUUAUAAAACUAGUUGAUAGCACCAAGUCCCAUAACUCUGACCUUCAUUUUGGCCAAAUUAUGCCCCCUUUUGGACUUAGAAAAUUCUGGUUAAAGUUUUGCGUGCAAGUACAUACAGCUAUUACUAAAAGGCAUAUAGAUUUGAAACUUAUUUUUUCUUUUUCUAGAUCAAUUACCUACCUCACUGGGUCAAGUCCCAUAACUCUGGCAUGUAUUUUGGCCAAAUUAUGCCCCCUUUUGGACUUAGAAAAUUCUGGUUAAAGUUUUGCGUGCAAGUACAUACAGCUAUUACUAAAAGGCAUAUAGAUUUGAAACUUAUUUUUUCUUUUUCUAGAUCAAUUACCUACCUCACUGGGUCAAGUCCCAUAACUCUGGCAUGUAUUUUGGCCAAAUUAUGCCCCCUUUUGGACUUAGAAAAUUCUGGUUAAAGUUUGCGUGCAAGUACAUACAGCUAUUACUAAAGGCAUAUAGAUUUGGAACUUAUUUAUUCUUUUUCUAGAUCAAUUACCUACCUCACUGGGUCAAGUUCCAUAACUCUUAACAUGUAUUUUGAGCAAAUUAUGCCCCCUUUUGGACUUAGAAAAUUCUGGUUAAAGUUUUACAUGCAAGUUACUAUCCCCAAAACUAAUGCAGAUAUUGAAUUGAAACUUAACAUGUUUCUUCGGGGUUAUAAAACUAGUUGAUAGCAUCAAGUCCCAUAACUCUGAUAUGUCCCCUUUUGAACUUAAAACUCUUUUGAUAUUUAACAUUUUGGGUAAUAAUUUCCAGCUUCUGUGACAAUAUUUCGAAUAGUCGAGCUUGGCUGUCUUAUGGACAGCUCUUGUUUAAAUAUAAAUUCAGUUUUCUUACUUCAAACAGUCAUGGUCAGGUGAGAUACUUAGGGCCACUAUGAUCCUCUUGUGAUAUAGAACUGAAUUUGGUAUUUUCAGUAUUGUUGUCAGAUUUAUUUGCAGUAAGGCAGUGGAAUGGUAAAGACAAUACCGGGGGGUAUUCAAUUUUCAUGCAAUUACAUAUUCCUGUUUUGUAUUUUGGCAUCAUUUAGUCACAGCAGCUUUUGUAUAACGAGGUACAGUCAAUUCCACUUAUUUGAAUACUGGUGAUAGAAGUAUUCCGCUUAUUUGGAUACAAAUGCCAAAAUCGCAUACAGAAAAUAAUAGAAUAGAAUAGAAAGUUAUGAUAGUUAUUAAUGGUCCACUGCCUUACAUUUGCCAGUGAUUAUAGAUUGUUGAAGGUAAUCAAAUUUUAGUGCUGAAUCUUGUAUCACACCAUCUGUGCUGGGGAAAUUCUUUUAGAUAAGCGAUUAUAUUUGUCUGUUUCAUUUGAGUGGAAAAUGAAUCUAGUCCCUUUUUAUUGAUAUUAUUUAUUUUGAUAUUUUCAGGCCAGGUAUUUCCAGAUGUUCUAUCCCUGCUUUCAUUACCAGUUUCAAGACAUUUCAUGGGAAAAGUUUGUUUUAAUAAAUAAUUUCUCAAUAAAUCCAUUUACAUUGAAAGUUUGCAUCAGUUGUUAGUGAUGCGAAAGUUUAAUCUAUAAAUUU